ACAACAAGGGGAGGAGCCGUUUCUAUAAAAGGGAAGCGGAGGAAGGGAGAGAGAUGAUGAUUCGCCGGGUCUCCACUCUGCAGGUGCUCGGAGCUUGCCAGGAAGAUCGGAGGUGCUGAGCAGUGGUGACCACACCCACCAGCUCCCCAGGCGACAGCUGGUGCCUGAGCCCUACCUGCAGCCCAGUUUCCUCCCAACAGUGUCCAAAAGAAGAAAUGAAUUCCUUCCAGCAGCAGCCGCUACGGCCACCGGGCGCAGCACCUGGACAGGUGAUGUACCCGCCGAACUGGCAAGGGGGAGGGACGGACCCGGUUUUCCUCGCCAAGGACUUCAAUCUGCUGAAUUUGAACCAUCAGCAGCCAGAAGGAAACAGGGACCAGCAGAUGUCCAAGGGGCCUGAGAACAACCUGUACAACCAGUACGAAGAGAAGGUGCGGCCCUGCAUCGACCUCAUCGACUCCCUGCGGGCCCUGGGCGUGGAGCAGGACCUGGCCCUGCCCGCCAUCGCUGUCAUCGGGGACCAGAGCUCGGGCAAGAGCUCCGUGCUGGAGGCACUAUCGGGGGUCGCCCUUCCCAGAGGCAGCGGAAUCAUAACCAGGUGUCCGCUGGUGCUGAAACUGACAAAGCAGGAGUUCAGGUGGGCCGGGAGAAUCAGCUACCGGAAGACGGAGCUGCAGUUGCAAGACCCCUCACAGGUGGAGAGGGAAAUACGUAAAGCCCAGGAUAUCAUAGCUGGGAAUGGAGUUGGCAUUAGCCACGAGCUCAUUAGUCUGGAGAUCACCUCCCCUGAGGUUCCAGAUCUGACCCUCAUUGAUCUUCCCGGCAUCACCAGGGUGGCCGUGGGAAACCAGCCCCAUGAUAUUGGACUGCAGAUCAAGGCACUCAUCAAAAAGUACAUCCAGAGGCAGCAGACAAUCAACUUAGUGGUGGUCCCCUGCAACGUGGACAUCGCCACCACGGAGGCACUGAGCAUGGCUCAGGAGGUGGACCCCGAUGGAGACAGGACCAUAGGAAUCCUGACCAAACCAGAUCUAGUGGACAAGGGCACUGAGAAAGGUGUCCUGAAAGUCAUGCAGAACCUCACAUACCGUCUCAAGAAAGGCUAUAUGAUAGUGAAGUGCCGGGGUCAGCAGGAGGUCACGAACAAGCUGAGCUUGGCCGAAGCAACCAAGAAGGAAGUGAUGUUCUUUCAAACACAUCCAUACUUCAGAGUUCUCCUGGAGGAAAGAAAGGCCACAGUGCCCUGUCUGGCAGAAAGACUGACCACCGAGCUCAUCUGGCACAUCAAUAAAUCGCUCCCUUUGUUAGAGAAUCAACUAAAGGAGAGUCACCAGAGGGCGACAGAGGAGCUGCGCCAGUGUGGAGACAACAUCCCCAGCAAUGAAGCCGAUAAAAUGUUCUUUCUAAUUGAGAAAAUUAAGGUGUUUAAUCAGGACAUUGAAAAGUUAAUAGAAGGAGAAGAAAUUGUAAAGGAGAAAGAGUCCCGCUUAUAUAACAAAAUCAGAGAGGAGUUUAAAAGCUGGAUACUCAUACUUGCAGCCAAUACCCAAAAAGUUAAGAAUAUCAUUCAUGAAGAAGUCUCAAAAUAUGACAAGCAGUAUCGAGGCAAGGAACUUCUCGGAUUUGUCAACUACAAGACGUUUGAGGCCAUCAUGAAGCAGUAUCUCGAACAACUGGUAGACCCAGCACUCGAGAUACUCCAGAAGGCCGUUGAAAUUAUAUGGCAAACUUUCACUGACACAGCCCAAAAAUAUUUUGGUGGAUUUUACAACCUUAAUCACACAGUCCAGAGCAGGAUUGAAGACAUAAAAACAAAACAAGCGGAAACAGCAGAAAAUCUGAUCCGGCUUCAGUUCAGGAUGGAGCAACUGAUUUAUUGUCAAGAUCAGAUUUACAGCGUGGUUCUGAACAAAGUCCGAGAAGAGAUUUUUAACCCAGUGGAAAAGCCUCCACAGAAUCUUCAGUCGAAAUCGUCCCUUUUAAAUGAUCCGCCUUCAUUUUCCUCCAUUGUUGAGAUUUGGGUCCACCUGAAUGCGUAUUUCUCGGAAACCAGCAAACGUCUCGCCAACCAGAUCCCAUUCAUAAUUCAGUAUUUUAUGCUCCGAGAGAAUGGUGAUUACUUGCAGAAAGCCAUGAUGCAGAUACUACAGGAAAAACAGCACUAUACCUGGCUGCUUCAAGAACAGAGUGACAUGGCAGCCAAGAGGAAAUUCCUUAAGGAGAAAAUUCACCGGCUGACUCAGGCACGGCGAGCUCUCUAUGAAUUCCCCCAGUUAAAGGGGUAAAUUCCAAAAGAACACCAGUGCUGCUGGGUUUUGCUAUGCACAUGAUUGUAAGGGAGUUGGUACAGGAAGUGGUUUCUCAUUUGGGGCCAGACUUUUCUGUUGCUGUCUGUGUCCAUCUUCACUGUGCUGCACUCAGCACCUGAGUUUAUAUCUGAAGUCCCAUAACCCACAGAGCUGUCACCUCCACCAGGAGGUCUUCCUCGUCCUCUGUGAAGAGGGGGCUCUCCAGCCCUUGGGCCCCAGAGCCCCCAGUUACAGCAUUCUUAAAUACUGCUGUCAUUCUUUGUUAAUUUUUCACCCCUCUGCAUUAGACUAUGAGACCUCAGAAAGGUAAGGUCAGUUCAUAUUCUUUUGUAUUUCCGGAAUCUGGCAUGGUGCCUGGCACAUAGUAGCCACUUAAUAAAUAUCUCAUUGAACCAAUGAAUGAUGGAGAUUACCUGAGGCUAUGGCUUAAAUCCAGACUUUAGUUGUUUGGAAUGGUGUCCCUUAGCUGGUCACUUUCUGAUAAAUUCAGUCAUGCCACCUGCUUCCCAUCAUUUGCUGUGAUGGUGUUUCCCAGCCCCUGGGGAGAAAAGAGGCUGAGUGAUAUUAUUUUUAAUUUGUAGUUUCUCUAAUUGCAGUGAACUCCAUUGCUGUGUUAAGUCUUAAAGAGAAAUUUAAUAAGGAAAAACAUAUUUUUAAAAAACAUAGAGCUUCACACCAGUGGUCAUCUCUAGAUUGGAGGAUUAUGGUUAAUUUUAUUUUCUUCUUCAAACUAAGCUAAUGACCUCACAGGAAUUUUAGGAAGGUUAAGUGAAACCAUUUCUACAAACUAUGUGUCCCAAAGCAGGUGUUCAAAAAUGCCAGCAAUUUUUCCCUCCAACAAAGACCUCUUUUUUUCUUUACCUCUAGGUCUGUAGAGAAGCCCUCAAUUCUAAAGCUCUUCCAGCCAGUUCUUAUGUUUAGUUCUUUGAUACGUUUUGACAAUUUUUGUAUAUGGUGUUAGAUAAGAGUCCUUUUGCGUAUGCAUAUCCAGUUUGCCCAGCACCAUUUUUUGAAACGACUGUUCUUUCCCUAUUAAUCUUGGCACGCUUGUCAAAAAUCAUUUGACCAUAUAUGCAAUGACUUGUUUCUGGGCUCUGUUCUAUUGCAUUGGUCUAUAUGACUGUCUUUAUGACAUUACCACACUGUUUUGAUAAUUGUAGAUUUGUCGUAAGUUUUGAAAUCAGGACAUGUGAGUCCUCCAGCUUUGUUCUUUUUCUCAUGGUUUUUUUUUUUUUGUCUAUUCAGGGUCUCUUGAAAUUCCAUAUGAAUUUUAGGACGAGCUUUUCUAUCUUUGCAAAAAAAUGUCAUUGGAAUUUUGAUAGAAAUUGCACUGAAUCCAUAGAUAGCUUUGGGUAGUAUUUGCAUCUUAACAGUAUUAAGUCUUUCAAUCCAUGAACAUAGGAUGUCUUUCCAUUUAUUUGUGUCUUCUUUAAUUUCUUUAAGCAAUAUUUUAUAGUUUUCAGUGUACAAGUCUUUCAAUUCCUUAGUUAGUUACCAAGUAUUUUGUUCUUUUUGAUGCUAUUGUAAAUGAAAUUGCUUUCUUAAUUUCCUUUUCAGAUUGUUCAUUGUUAGUUUACAUAUAUGCAACUCAUUUUUAUGUGUUGAUUUUAUAUCUUGCUACUUUGUUGAAUUCAUUACUAGUUAUAACAGUUUUUGUGGACUAUUUAUGGUUUUCUACAUAUAAGGUCAUAUCAUCUGUGAACACAGAUUAUUUCACUCCUUCAUUUCUGACUUGGAUGCCUUUUAUUUCUGUAUCUUGCCUAACUGCUCUGGCUAGAACUUCCAAUACUAUGUUGAAUAAAAGUGGCAAAAGUGGGAAUCCUUGUCUCACAAAGUUACUCUGAUUUUAAAGAAAUUUGUAAUAUUGAACCUAAAGAUUAUGAGAAGACAAUUUAAAAGACAAAACAUUGGUUUCACUUUAGGUAUCAUACUUUUUUUCUUUUUGGCUUUUCCCCCUCAUUUUAUGAAUUGGGUCACAUGUACAAAUAGUAGCAGAGCUGAAGAAAAGAAUCAAAUCCCUUCAUAUAA